AUGUCUAACGCUGAGCUCGCAACGUCGUACGCGGCACUCAUCCUCGCCGAUGAUGGCGUAGAGAUUACGGCCGACAAGCUGCAAACCCUCAUCAAGGCUGCCAACGUUCCCGAAGUCGAGCCCAUCUGGGCCUCGCUAUUCGCCAAGGCACUCGAGGGCAAGGACGUGAAGGACCUUCUCUCCAACGUCGGAUCCGGCGGUGGCGCUGCCGCUCCCGCAGCCGGCGCUGCUGCCUCUGGUGGCGCGGCCGCCGCUGAGGAGACAAAGGCGGAGGAGAAGGUUGAGGAGAAGGAGGAGUCAGACGAGGACAUGGGUUUCGGUCUCUUCGACUAG